UCUUCCAUUUCUUGAUAAGCGAAAUCACUUUGAUAACCCCGAGAUUUUUACAUGACUGUAUAAAGUUGAAGCAGUCAGUGGCAGGGAAUUCGCAAUGUUUCGCUUAUUGAGUAAUAUUAGUUACGCGUCUGAGUUACAAAUGACAAGGUAUUUAGUAACUGACCUGAAUUACGGGUUUCUCAAACAAUUAGGUCUCACAACAGAAAACCCAGGACUCUAUGAUGGACGAUGGGGAGGAUCUGGCAAGGUAAUAGAAUCAAUAUCACCAUCAACUGGCAAAGUAAUAGCAAAGGUUAGAACAUCAAUACCACAGGAAGUAAGAAAUGCUAUUACAGAAGCACACAAAGCAUGGCCACAAUGGGCAUCACUACCAGCACCAACAAGAGGGGAAAUAGUGAGACAAAUUGGCGAUGAACUAAGGAAUAACUUAAAACCCUUGAGCCAAUUAGUAUCCCUAGAAAUGGGAAAGAUUUUACCAGAAGGUAUUGGCGAGGUUCAAGAGUUUAUUGACAUCUGUGAUUAUGCUGUUGGCUUAUCUAGAAUGCUACCUGGCAGUAUGUUUCCAUCAGAAAGAAAAAAUCAUGCACUCAUGGAGAAGUGGAACCCCCUUGGUGUCGUGGGAGUCAUUUCUGCAUUCAAUUUCCCAAUUGCAGUGUAUGGCUGGAACAGUGCAAUAGCAAUGGUAUGUGGGAACACUAUAGUUUGGAAAGGGGCAUUAACUACUCCUUUAGUAUCUAUUGCAACUACUAAAAUUAUCACAGGUGUCUUAGAAAGGAAUGGUAUACCGGGUUCUGUUGUAUCAUUGGUAACGGGUGGGCCAGAAGUUGGUGAAACUAUAGUCGAAGACACACGGGUACCCCUAAUUUCAUUUACUGGGAGUACCAAUGUUGGAAAGGAAGUAGCUCUGAAAGUUCAAGAGCGAUUUGGGAAAUUCUUGUUAGAAUUGGGAGGCAACAAUGCAUUAAUAGUUGCCCAAGAUGCAGAAUUAGAAAUGGCGGUUAGAGCAGCAGUGUUUUCAUGCGUGGGAACAGCAGGACAAAGAUGCACCACAACUAGAAGAUUAAUUCUUCAUAGUAAAAUAAAAAAUGAAUUUUUAGGAAAAUUAAAAAAAGCAUAUGAAAGUAUUUUGGAACGCAUAGGAGAUCCAUUAGAGAAUAAUACUUUGUAUGGACCAUUGCAUAAUCAACAUGCAGUUGAUGAAUAUAAGGUAAUUACAUAUAGAAAUAAAAUUCUUUGCGGUGGUAAAAUUGAAUUUGGUGGUAAACAAAUAGAAAGGCCUGGCUUUUAUGUUGAACCAACGAUUAUUUCUGGUUUACCUGCUGAUGCUAAGAUAGUUCAAACAGAAACUUUCGCGCCAAUCGUCUAUAUUUUUGAAACAAAUUCUUUAGAAGACGCAGUCGCUCUUAACAACGGCGUACAGCAAGGUCUAAGUAGUUCUCUAUUUACCAAAAGUAUAGAGAAUGUAUUUCGGUGGAUUGGUCCCCAUGGCUCUGAUUGUGGAAUAGUGAAUGUUAAUAUUGGCACCAGUGGUGCAGAAAUAGGUGCUGCAUUUGGAGGGGAAAAAGCUACAGGAGGUGGUCGUGAAAGUGGAAGCGAUGCAUGGAAACAUUACAUGCGACGUGCAACCAUUACAAUCAAUUAUGGAAACGAUUUGCCACUGGCUCAAGGCAUUAAGUUUGAAUAAUUAA